AUGGGCAGUACCAAUCUAUCAGAGCAGGACAUCCAAUUGCCUGGCUCGAAACAGGACCAAUUGAUUCUUUCUGCGGAAGAAGGGCAGCGUCUUGCGAACUUGGCUGACCUAGUGGUGGACGACACAUUAGCUUACUACAACCGGUUUAGAUUCAUUGAAAAGCGUGUAGUAGAUUCCACUGCCUGGAAAGACGUUGGUCAUCGUGAUAACCUCAUCGUAUAUCGUGAGCGAUCAGGUCCUAGACCAGCGUAUCCGUCGAUUCGAGUCGUGGACAACAAGAUACAGCUCAUUCCAUGUAGAUCGGCCCCUUCAGUUAAGAUCGUUGGGAUGCUACAAGGAACGUUAGAUGACGAAAUGUAUGGCUGCUUCAUUGAUAGUGACGACUCGGCCAAGAUGCGAAAAGAAGUUAUUGGUGAUAUGAUGGAUAAUUUUCACUGGCUCGCAACGAUUGCAGAACCAAAUCAAAAAGAUCUCUUUCGAUUCUGUGGUAUCGCACGCUGUACAUUCGGUACUUCGCUUCCUUUAACCAAGACACGAGGUGUUUGCAUGGUCGUUUCUAUGGGAAUCACUACUACAAAUCGUGGGGAGCGCAUGGGCUACUAUGUCGCACACUCAGUGGACUUAUCGGAGCCAGACGUAAAUUACAGCUACAUUCAGGCCAAAUGUUCUCUUUGCUGGCUAAAGACAGAAUUACCAAAUGGCAAGAUUGAACUCUACAUGAAAGGAUUUGCGACACCGAUGGGAUUCGUGCCAGAGUUUGCUGCCUUCCCUGUACUGGUAAAUUGUGUUUUGGGCAUCGGAAUGACAAGUGACGCUGCAUAUUCGAAGAAACUGGCGUGGAUGAUUCAUGACAACAGUAAAGCCGGACAGCGGUCAUCUCUUCCCCCAAUGAAUGUAUGCGUGGGUCGAUGCAAAAACAAAUUUUCAGGACUGAGAACGAGUGCUACUCUUCGACGGUGUCUGGUUUGUCAAAAAGCUGUGUGCAAUACGUGCCAAGUUGUACGAAAGAUCCCAGUGAGUGUCACGGACGGACGUGUCAAUAUUAACAAGGGCAGCGUGUGUAUUCUGUGCAUCCAUCAAGCAAAGACAAUGAGUGCUAUGAUCUUUGUGCGUCGUGAACUGCUUUGCAAACGAUGGAAAAAUAUCGACACAGCUCGAGUAUCGAUCACGAAAAACACGGAGUGUGAACUCGUGCUUAAGGACAAAGCGUUCUAUCUGACUGAUUAA